CCUCUGUUGUCGUUAUUUCGCUUCCGUUCCUUUCUCUCCCACUCUUCUGCACCUCACCUCAACGAAGCAGAGGUUAAAGCGACGGCACCGUUUUGCUGUCCGCCUUGACUGAGCCAGAGCCCCGUCUUGGCCCUCGUUUUUGCCGCGCCGAACUUCCGGUCACAGACAUCUUCGUCGUCAUCACAAUCAUCAUCAUCAAUGGCACCGAAACAAACCAAGGCAGAGAAGAAGAUCGCUUACGAUGGUAAGCUGUGCCAGCUUCUGGAAGAGUACGGCCAGAUCCUCGUGGUGAACGCCGACAACGUGGGAUCCAAUCAGCUCCAGAACAUUCGCAAGGGUCUCCGCGGUGACUCUGUCGUACUCAUGGGGAAGAACACCAUGAUGAAGCGCUCCGUCAGGAUGCACGCUGAGAAGACCGGCAACAAUGUCUAUCUCAGCCUCAUUCCUCUCCUUGUCGGCAAUGUUGGAUUGAUUUUCACCAAGGGUGACCUGAAGGAGGUCAGUGAGGAGGUUGCGAAAUACAAGGUCGGAGCUCCUGCUCGUGUUGGUUUGGUUGCCCCAAUUGAUGUCGUUGUUCCUCCUGGCAACACCGGUCUCGAUCCAUCUCAGACCUCUUUCUUCCAGGUGCUUAACAUUCCGACCAAGAUUAACAAAGGUACUGUGGAAAUCAUUACCCCCGUUGAACUCAUUAGGAAGGGAGAAAAGGUUGGAUCUUCUGAAGCUGCUUUGCUUGCCAAGCUUGGCAUUAGGCCUUUCUCUUAUGGUCUUGUGGUCCUAUCUGUUUAUGAUAAUGGCUCUGUGUUUAGUCCUGAGGUCCUUGAUCUCACUGAGGAUGACCUCCUUGAGAAAUUUGCUGCCGGUGUCUCCAUGGUUACUUCUCUUUCGUUGGCUAUCUCAUACCCAACACUUGCAGCUGCACCACAUAUGUUUGUGAAUGCCUACAAGAAUGUUCUUGCAGUUGCGGUUGAGACAGAUUAUUCUUUCCCCGAGGCAGACAAGGUUAAGGAGUAUCUGAAGGACCCAAGUAAAUUUGCUGUAGCUGCUGUUGCUGCACCUGCUGCUGCUUCUGGGGCUCCAGCUGCUGCAGCUCAGGAAGAGGAAAAGAAGGAAGAGCCCGCAGAAGAAUCUGAUGAUGACAUGGGUUUUAGUCUGUUUGACUAAUUAUGUAAUGGUCGUUGAGGUUUCUUUUCAGGUUUUUCCCAUUUUGUUAGAAUUGAGGAGUUGGUCUUUCAAUUUUCAGGUUACUUCGUCUUUUAACUAUAAAAUUUCAGUUUUAAUGCUUAGCA